UCUAUUUCAUGGUCAAAAAGAUUCGCUGUCCCCCUUCUCGUCUCUCUCCCUCUCUCGUCGUGUCUGCAUCUUCAUCUUCAACCGCAGUGCCGUUCUUACUUUCUCAUUCCCAUAGACGACAGGUCGUCUAAUUAGAUUCUUCAAUCAUCUUCAAUUCCUUCUUCACUCUUGUUACGACUCGUUCCUUUCCAGUACAUAUACGCAAUGCAGCUCCUCAACUAUCUUCCCGUGGCCUUGCUGGCUUACGCCACAGGGGUUGCCGCCGUCCCCGAUCAUGAUUCUGGUGAUAACUCCUCCUCCACCGAAGACUCCGCAGCCGACUUCACACCCGCCGUCAACUGCCGCAACGACAUCUGCUACUCCGCCGUCGUCCCAGAGGCCACCGCCAACUCCGAGUCGGGGCCCAUCUGGUUCCAGAUCUACGCCCCGACAAAAUUCGCCUGGGUCGGUCUCGGCACCGGCACCCAGAUGGCCGAUGCCAACAUGUUCAUCAUCUACCAAGACGGCAACGGCAACGUCACGCUGUCUCACCGCCAGGCCAGCGGCCACACCAUGCCCCAGGUCCCAGCGGAUAGCUCCGUGACGACGACGCUCUUGCCUGGCACAGGUGUGAGCGACGGGUUCAUGGUGGCCAACUUUCGUUGUACCAACUGCACCACCUGGAAGUCAGGCGAAAGUCUGGACUUUACGUCGGCCGGCACACCCAUGAUUGGCGCGUGGCAGGAGGGCGACCCCCUUGAUUCGACGGAUGUCGAGGAGAAAAUUGGGCAGCACACGGGCAGCCCGCGCAUCUUCUCCCUCGAUCUGUCUACUGCCAUCAAGUCGACUGCUGGAAAUCCCUUCGUGGACCAAUUUGCUGUCCCCGAGGGGGCUAGUAACAGCAGUUCCGCGGAUGGCGAUUCUGGGGACGACACUACAGGUGGUGAUGGCGAGAGCGCCGGUGUUGGCAAGUUCUCCCUUGUUUCUGGGGGUGUUGCUGCUGCGAUCAUGAUGGGCCUCUCUCUCCUCAUGUAAUUUAUGACAUGCAUCGACUCGAGAGACAAAGGUCCGGUAGCCCUGUAGGAAGGCUUCUAUCAUGGGUUGAGACUGGUGGAAGAGAAGCUCCCCACGCUGGAACGCGAGAUCUAUCUGUGAUAGUAUCAUGUCGUCGGGC